UUGCAACUUAGUGUAAUAAAUAAACCAUGACAAAAAUAAUGGAGCAAAUCCUGUAGAUAUUAUGCAUACUGUAAAAUAGAAAACUUAAAUACAUCACUGAAAACGUUUGGAAGAUAUGAUAGCUUUUUUUGUGGUCUAUUUUGUUAAAUAUAUUUAAUAUGUGUGUCUUAAUAGCCAUUAUAUGGGAUUAUCACAUUUCCGGGUUUUGUUGGGCGGGGUUUAUCAAUGUUGUGCACUUCCACUUCCGGCAACAACAACAAUGGCUCAAACCACGGCUCGAUGUCACUGCUCUGUUCCUCUCUGUUUUUCAAAUAAACAACGACAGCCAUAUUUAAGCUUUCACGGAUUCCCCACUGAACCGUGUAUUAGAAAGAGGUGGGUUACAGCGAUUCGCAGAGAUGAAGGGCCAAGCUUUAAAAUUAAGCAAGGCAGUACGUUUGUUUGUAGCCGACAUUUCAACGAGUCCGAUUACGUUAGCAGUAGUUGUAGCGGGCUAGCGUUAGGUCGACUGAAGCGUCUGAAGAUCGGGUCUGUGCCCUCCCGUUUUCAGUGGAACAACUGGGGACUGAAAAGAAGAGAGUCCGUUUAUAAAAAAGCGUCAGCUCGUGUAGGCCUUGACGUUAGUUCAGACCUUCCUCUGGAGCAGCCCCUGCUGGGGGACGCCACGGAGCAGAUGGCGGUGGUUAUGACAGAACAUGAUUAUGGAACUACACCUAAACCAGGUGCACUGGAUGCUGCUGCUGCACGCAUACAGCAGUUAGAAGAAGAAAUGAAGGAACUGACAACAGAGCUGGCACAGUUGAAAGUGGCUCAAGUGUGUUUUCGUAAAUUUUGUGUAUCAGAUAAGGAUAUUUUUUUUUACACAAGAUUCACUUCAAGAGAUGUUUUUUGUGAUUUCUGGGAGGCUUUACAACCAUCUGCUUCCAAAGUGGUUUAUUGGUCUAAAUCGCAGAAAACGGCACAAACAUCUGAACCCUUAUCUCCCAGUCCCACACAGAAACUGCAACUGGUUGAUGAGUUUUUUCUUUUCUGCUGCCGAGUUGCUGCAGGCUUGCAAGAGAAGGUGCUGGCUGACAUGUUUCAGGUCAGUGUGUCCACGGUCUCCCGUGUUGUUAUAACAUGGGCCAACUACCUGUACCUGAUCCUUGGCUCCCUUCCCAUCUGGAUGAGUAAACAACAAGUCAGGAACACCAUGCCAAGUCAAUUUGUACAGUACUGUCCAGAUGUUCGGGUGAUCAUUGACUGCACUGAAGUGCGAUGCCAAACUCCAUCAUCCCUCACUCUCCAGUCAGACGUUUUCUCAUCAUAUAAAAACACGACAACCUUCAAGGGCUUAAUUGGGAUUGCCCCGUGUAGUGCUGUGACUUUUGUGUCAAGUCUCUUCACCGACUCCAUCUCUGACCGAGAGCUGACUGAAAAAAGUGGACUGCUUGACCUACUUGAGCCAGGAGAUGGCUGCAUGGCAGACAAGGGUUUCAACAUUGAGAAGCUGCUAGCUGACCGUGGGGCAACGCUGAUUAUACCACCCUUCAAGAUGACAGCGCAGUUUACUGAAGAGGAUGCUCUAAAAACACAAGCAAUUGCCCAACUUCGAAUCCUUGCAGAAAGAGCAAUACGCAGAAUCAAGGAAUAUCACGUCUGGAAACACACCCUCCCUCUAAACUUGUCUGGGACAGUCAACCAGCUGUGGACUGUCUGCUGUGUGAUGUCCAUGUUCCAGGGACCACUUGAUUUAAAAUGAUACAUCCCUGUUGAAUAGUUUUCCCUCCAAUCACAUGAAUUUAACUGUAUACUGAAAAUAUUGUAAAUAUUGCAUGAGAUGUAUGAUCAUUCCUGUAUAAUAAACUGUAAAGAUCAAUCUGUCCUGAAAGUAUUGUAAACAUGUAAUGUAGUAAAAAUAUAUA